UUCCAGCCCAACUCAUCCACACAGGACCACCUCCGUACCUUGCAAGUUGUUGCUGUGUUUAUAGCCAUGCACGCGCGAUACUUUCACCUGCCCAAAGCUGGGGGAAAAAAAAAAACCUCAACCUGCCUUUUCCCGUGCUUCUUACCUGAACACCUCAUGAUAUAAAGUACGUCUCUUGAUCUUCUCAGUCUGUGUAUGCGUCUGUCUGUGUCUAUACCUAUAUGAUUUAUAGCCUCAGAAAAGUUCAGUCUUUUCUUACUCCAAUGGAGCUCAAGUCUAGAAUCACCACCAUCCUGUUUCUCUUUCUCCUGAUCACUGUGCCUUAUGUUUCAAGAGGGGACUCUAAUGAGUUGGAUCCGGAGGUGUACGAAAUUGAUUAUAGAGGUCCGGAGACCCAUUCAUCAGUUAAUCCUCCGCAUGAUCGCUCUCAUGGAAAACAACCUUUGAUUCAUGGAAAACGUGUUCUUAAACCACCCAAAUCCAAGGGCGUAAGGGUGACUGAUAUGGGAGGAAAAGCCAAGAAAACUCGUGGAUAGCAAGUGUUGGAAGUAGUUUUUAUAUCAAAUUUGGAACAGUUCACUUCAUCUUUUAUAGAUAUUAGAAAUACAUAGGAAAUGAGGAAUGUAACAUAUAACGAUAUUCUAUUUUGUUUAUUUAUAUAUGAUCUAGGGAUUUGUUUAAAUUAAUGAGAGUUGUGUUUUCUUUUUUUUUCUUUUUUCUUAUGAGGUUUGAUGAUUGUAAACUAUAAAGAUUUGUGGCCGUAAGAAGAAUUAGCUUAAUAAACCAUAUUUCGUAUGACA